AAUGUCCGGUGAGACAUGGCCAGAUAGACUGAACUACACGAUACGAAUAAAGGACGACUUCGGGAUCAACUCGUACGAGAGCCUCGAUGUUAAUCCUGGACCACAUAGAAUGUUUGGUAUAAAAUACGAGACGUUCAUGCGUAUCCAGUGGGCGAUCGACACGAGCUAUCUCAAACUGCUGACCAGCACUGAAGUUACUCAGGAACUUACGACACAAGAGUUCCCGUACUAUCAGUCUCAGAACAAUGAGAGUAUAGGUAUCGUCUGCUUGCUUAUGAAGACGGUCUGCUGGAUAUCUAUGAUGCUGCCCUUCAUAUUCCUCAUGGGCCGGCUCCUGCAAGAACGUGCCACCGGCAUACAGGAACUGAUAAAAAUGGUGGGAGUUUCUCAAAACAUUCUAGGGUUAUCACACUUCCUAAACGUGUUGCUGAGCGGGCUAGUAUUCUCUAUCGGAGGUACCAUACUACUGAAGACGACCUCCAACCCUCUCAUCAACAACUCCAACGGAUUCCUCAUAUUCCUGAUGCUGCUUCUCUAUUUCAACACUAUCAUGGCCAUGGCCUUUGUCUGCAGCUACGUUUCGAAAGGAACGCAGUACGUGGCGACGCUGUCAGUGCUAGCAUACAUCGUGCUGUGGAUCCCGGCGCGGGUGCAGCUCGAGUACGACCUGCCGUACAUUGUCACACUAGCCACUGGGCUCCUGCCACACGUGCCCAUGCACUGGUUCUGGGCGGAAGUCUCUGUGCUCGAGAUGUAUGGUAGUGGAGUAUACUUCAGCAACAUGCUAACAGCGAAAUCAAACUCCAACGUCUCAGUAUUCCUGUGCUUCGUGUUCAUGUUGCUGCAGGCCGGGCUGAUGUACGGUCUAACCUGGUACCUGUCCCUGGUGGCGCCAGGCCAGUACGGACAGGCUCUUCCCUGGAACUUCCUCUUUAAGACUCAAUACUGGAGUAAGAAUGAGGUGAUCCCGGAUGUGGAGUCUGAAGAGGAGGACCCGAUGGCUCAGGACCCGCGGUACUUCGAGUCGCCACCAGCAAACGCAGAGAUCGGAAUCAAAAUUGUCAACGUCUCUAAG